AUGGUAACUAAAAGCUUUAGUUUUAGCAAUUAUUGUAACAAUGCAGAAAAGCAAGAUCUCUCAGAUACUAGUAACUAUAACAAUGCAGAAAAGCAGAAUCUCUCACAUACCGGAACUUCAUUAGGCCAGUUAAAUCCAAAAGUUGUCCUUCAGAAAGAAAUUUUUGCUACUAUAUCUCCAAGCCAUCAAGAAGAAAGAUUUGUUCAUUCAAUGAGCACUGAAGAAGCUGGCCCACCACCUGCUUAUGCCUCACAAGAUGAGCUCUGUAUUGGUAUUACAUCUAGUAGUGCAACUUCUUCAGUCACUGAUAUACGCUCCAGGAUAAGCUCUGACCCUUCAUCCUUUCAUCAUCUUAGGGCUCCUCAUUUAUCAAAUACACAACGACAAAUGACUUAUCCUCCUAUUGCUAAUGAAUCACCAACCCUCCUUAUUCCUACUACAGCUCAACCUAAUUCAAUCGAACCAGCAGAACUUUCAAAUACUGGAAAUUUUGUUCCUGGUGAUAAUUAACUGUGACAAUACUAUUUUUGUUUCAUUAUCUAAUAAUUAUGCUUCACACGUAGAUCAACUCAAUUUUGUAAUUAUC